GCGGAGCCUCAGCGGGCGGAGGGGGACUAGUUCGCAUGGGGGAGUCCAUCCCGCUGGCCGCCCCGGUCCCGGUGGAACAGGCGGUGCUGGAGACUUUCUUCUCGCACCUGGGCAUCUUCUCGUACGACAAAGCCAAGGACAAUGUGGAGAAGGAGCGGGAGGCCAACAAGAGCGCGGGGGGCAGCUGGCUGGCGCUGCUGGCCGCCCUGGCCCACCUGGCCGCUGCCGAGAAGGCCUAUCACAGCCUUACCUACCUGGGGCAGAAACUAGGUGGGCAGUCCUUUUUCAGCAGGAAGGAUUCCAUCCGGACCAUUUACACCUCUCUGCACAAUGAGCUGAAGAAGGUGGUAGUGACUGGCCGUGGUGCUGCAGGGGGGCCUGUUCCUCACUUAGAAGAGCUCCUGUCUCAUUUGUCCGAGCAGCUCUGUUUCUUUGUUCAGGCUCGAGUGGAAAUUGCUGACUUCUAUGAGAAGAUGUACACCCUCAGCACUCAGAAGUUCAUCAACUCUGAAGAGCUGGUCGGUCUUUUGGAGGCCAUCCUAAAGAAAUACAGCUCCAGAUUUCACCACCCAAUUCUCAGCCCCUUAGAGAGCAGUUUCCAGCUGGAAGUUGAUGUCCUGACCCAUCUCUUAAAGUCCCAGGCUCAGAUCUCUGAGUGGAAAUUCCUCCCAUCCUUGGUCAACUUACACAGCGCCCACACCAAGCUGCAGACGUGGGGCCAGAUCUUUGAAAAGCAGCGAGAGACUAAGAAGCAUCUGUUUGGAGGGCAGUCCCAGAAGGCUGUCCAGCCCCCGCACCUCUUCCUUUGGUUGAUGAAACUCAAGAACAUGCUUCUUGCCAAGUUCAGUUUUUAUUUUCAUGAAGCCCUGAGCCGCCAAACGACAGCUUCGGAAAUGAAAGCGCUGACUGCGAAAGCCAACCCUGACCUUUUUGGGAAGAUCUCUAGCUUUAUCAGGAAGUAUGACGCUGCCAAUGUAUCUUUAAUCUUUGACAACAGGGGGUCAGAGAGCUUCCAGGGCCAUGGGUACCAUCACCCUCAUUCCUACCGAGAGGCCCCAAAGGGAGUGGAUCAAUACCCAGCAGUGGUGUCCCUGCCCAGCGACAGGCCUGUCAUGCACUGGCCCAAUGUUAUCAUGAUCAUGACUGAUCGGACCUCUGACCUGAAUACCUUGGAGAAAAUUGUCCACUUCUAUGAUGACAAAGUCCAGAGCACCUACUUUCUGACCCGCCCGGAGCCUCACUUUACCAUUGUUGUCAUUUUUGAGUCUAAGAAAUCAGAGAAAGAUUCCCAUUUUCUGUCCUUCCUUAAUGAACUCUCACAUGCUCUUAAAAACCCCAAAGUAUUUGCAAGCCUGAAACCUGGAUCCAAAGGGUAGUAGGCUUAUUGAAGUGGCGGUUUCUUAAGGCUGGUU